GAGAGUUUAUAUUAUUUGAGCAUUAUUAUUAUUAUUAUUUCUCCACAUUUCAUUAAUUUUUCUUUAAUAUUUGCUAACCCUCUAACAUUUUUUCCCUCCUCUUCAAUACUCCCAAACAAAAAAGAGUUUUGGUUAUUCCAAAAACAUGGAUGUAAUAUUUGUUUGCUCUACUCUCAUUCUCCUCACCUUAUUUUCAUCAAUCAUGUUAUUAUUAUUCUCUCCAAAAAGAAUUAGAAGAAGAAGAAGAUCUCAAAUCCAUCAUCACCACACAAGUACUAUGAUUCCAAAGCUUCCACCAGGUUCAAUGGGGUGGCCUUACAUAGGGGAAACCCUCCAACUCUAUUCUCAAGACCCCAAUCUUUUCUUCUUUACCAAACAAAAAAGGUAUGGUGAGAUAUUCAAGAGCAACAUACUAGGUUGUCCAUGUGUGAUGCUUACAAGCCCUGAGGCAGCAAGGUUUGUGUUAGUGACUCAUUCACACUUGUUCAAGCCAACAUACCCAAAAAGCAAGGAACGUUUGAUUGGUCCUUCUGCCUUGUUCUUCCACCAGGCUGAAUACCACAUGCGCCUUAGAAAGCUUGUUCAGAGGUCCCUCUCUCUUCAAUCACUCAAGAUUUUGGUCCCAAAAAUUGAAGCCUUAGCUCUCUCUUCCAUCCAAAAUUGGGCUCCUCAUCAUAAUAAUAAUGCCCAUGUUGUUAACACAUUCAAGGAAAUGAAAAGGUUCUCUUUUGAUGUUGGAAUCCUUACAAUUUUUGGGUAUCUAGAGCCACAUUUGAAGGAGGAGCUAAAGAACAACUACUGGAUUGUGGACAAAGGCUAUAAUUCUUUUCCAUCUACCAUUCCAGGAACACAAUAUCAAAAAGCUCUCUUGGCAAGAAAGAAACUUGGGAAGAUUCUAUGUGAGAUAAUUUGUGAGAGAAAAGAGAAGAAAUUGGUUGAUAGAGAUCUAUUGAGUUGUCUACUAAAUUGGAAAGGUGAAGGAGGAGAAACUUUGAAUGAUGAUCAAAUUGCAGAUAACAUUAUUGGAGUGCUUUUUGCUGCUCAAGACACCACAGCUAGUGUCAUGACAUGGAUAGUCAAGUAUUUGCAUGAUCAACCCAAGCUUCUCCAAACUGUAAAGGCAGAACAAAAGGCUAUUCAAAAGUCAAAUGAAGUAGAUAACCUUCCAUUGAGUUGGAACCAAACUAGAAACAUGCCAAUUACCUAUAAGGUUGUGUUAGAGAGCUUGAGAAUGUCAAGCAUAAUAUCAUUCCCUUUCAGAGAAGCAGUUGCUGAUGUUGAGUACAAGGGGUUCCUUAUACCAAAAGGGUGGAAAGCAAUGCCAUUGUUCAGAAAUAUUCAUCACAAUCCAGAAUUUUUCUCUGAGCCUCAGAAAUUCAACCCUUCAAGGUUUGAGGUUGCACCAAAACCCAAUACAUUCAUGCCAUUUGGCAGUGGAGUACAUGCCUGCCCCGGUAAUGAGCUAGCAAAGCUUGAGACCAUGAUUAUGGUCCAUCAUUUGGUCACCAAGUUUAGGUGGGAAUUGGUAGGAUCAGAAUGUGGGAUUCAAUAUGGGCCAUUUCCAUUGCCAUUGAAUGGACUUCCAACCAAAUUUUGGAGAGAAUCUACCACCUAGAAUUCAAAUAAAGAAGAUGCAUGCUAUCAUAUCUAGUCACAAAAUCUUUUUUUUUUAAUAUAUAUUUAAUAUUAAUUAGAGUUAAUCACCAAAACGGGCAUUGAAAGAUUCUAGUGUCAAAGAAUUAAAAUGGAUCCAAAAGGAAGAAACGAUUAAAAAAAAUACCCAAAAAUAUAUAAUAAGACAUUUAUAAAAAUGGUUUAAUCAUGAAUAAAUUUAUUCAUAAUUAAACUAUUUUUUUUUGAAUCUUACAGAAUCCGUUUUGGUAAUUAAUUUUUAAUUGUCAUGUAUUUUUUCAUGGUGGGCAUAGUGGGCACCUCAAAAUUUUUCCCCCACUAUCCUUAAUCUUCCCCACAAUUGAAAGAAAGAAAAAGAAAGGAAAAAGCCUCUAAAGGGGAUGUUGUAUUAUUAUUUUAA